UAUUAUUCCUUGUACACUCCCUGAAUAGGGGUCGCUUGAAGCAAUCACUCCCCGCCACCACCCUAAGUCACCGUUCAUCCCCACCUCGACUCUCCACUACCCUUCAAACCCCACCACCACUCCAUCUCCAUGGCAGCAGCGUUAUUGGAAAAAAAAAUUUCAAAAUUGGGCUUCCUCUCUGCAGGAGCUUUCUCCACGGAGUUGUUUUCAAAAUCUUACUGAACAACCCUCAACCCAUUCCAUUUUAGUGCCUUUCAUUAUUGAUUACUGUCACUAACUUGUGUUAAGGCCGGACAGAAAUUGGAUCCAAAGGAACCGGGAUGGAGUUCGGAUAUAAACUAAGACUGCAGGCUGCGACUACCUAACUGCAACUAUUAUUUGGCAAAGGCAGAUAGCAACAUUGCCUUCAAUGGUUGUCUAUAAGGCCAGUCUGAAAACUACUCAUGGACUGUGGAUGGCAAACGCAGUCCAAGAAAUCCAUAGAUAUGUUGACAGAAAUCUCUAAGACUUUGUUAGUGAUUUCCAUUCUUUUUCAUCUGAUUUUAAGUUCAUGUUCAAGUUUGAUUCCUCAAAGUUUCAUCCAUUGCCUUUCUCACAAGGUUUCUCCUUCAAAUGUUUCCAUUCUCAAUGUCAUGUAUGUUCCCAAGAAUUCUUCCUAUAAGUCUAUAUUGGAUUCGACCAUUCAUAAUCGUAGGUUCUUGACACCUACUACCCCAAAACCGCUGGCCAUAAUCACUCCUCUAGAUUAUUCUCAUGUUCAAACCACCGUAAAGUGUUGCAAACAAAGUGCAUUGCAGAUCAGAAUCCGAAGUGGUGGGCAUGACUACGAAGGCACGUCAUACAGAUCUGAAGUUCCAUUUGUUGUGCUCGACCUCAAAAGCCUGAGGUCUGUUAGCAUUGACAUUGAAGCAAACACUGCUUGGGUUGAGUCUGGUGCAACCAUAGGCGAAUUGUAUUACUGGAUUGCAGAGAAAAGUCGUAUUCAUGGCUUUCCAGCAGGCCUUUGUCCAACUGUUGGUAUUGGAGGACACUUUAGUGGUGGCGGAGUAGGUAAUUUGAUCAGAAAGUAUGGGCUAGCUGCUGAUAAUGUCAUUGAUGCACGAAUAGUUGAUAUUAAUGGUAGAGUUCUAGACAGGAAAUCGAUGGGAACUGAUCUUUUUUGGGCCAUAAGAGGAGGUGGCGGAGCAAGUUUUGGAGUUAUAGUUGCUUGGAAAAUCAAGCUUGUCCAUGUUCCACCUAUAGUUACCGUUUUCAAAUUAACUAAGACCUUGGAAGAAGGAGCCAUAAGUCUAAUUUACAAAUGGCAAUUUGAAGCACACAAGCUAAGUGAAGAUUUACUCUUUAGAAUCAUAAUAUCACCAAGCAUUGGGAGGGAAGGAAUUGAAGCAACAUUCAGUUCAUUGUUCCUCGGUAGAGCUGAUCAGCUCCUGAAAAUGAUGGAGGAGAGCUUCCCCAAAAUUCGCCUGAGAAAAGAAGAUUGCAUUGAGAUGAGUUGGAUUGAAUCUGUUCUCCAUUUCGCGGAGUAUCAAAGUGGGGAAACUGCAGACGCCCUAAAAAACAGAAUAGACCCGCGACGUCUUAGUUACUUCAAAGGCAAGUCAGACUUGGUUUACAAGCCUAUACCUUAUGAGGCAUUAGAAGAGCUCUGGAAAAGGUGUUCGGAUGCAAAUUCUCCUUUUAUCCACCUAGAAUUGCAGCCUUAUGGUGGAAGAAUGAGCGAGAUACCAGUAUCAGAAACUCCAUAUCCGCAUAGGAAAGAUGUGAUAUUUGAAAUCCUCUACAUGGUGUUAUGGAUGAACGAUGAGAAUGGUGAAUCUUCAGAAAGGAACAUCAAUUGGAUAAGAGCAUUAUAUGGGUUCAUGACUCCUUAUGUGUCUAAAGGGCCAAGAGGUGCUAUUUGGAAUGGUAGAGAUCUUGAUUUAGGUGUAAAUGGUGUUUCUGGCACUGUUACUUUUUCAAAAGCUAAGGCAUGGGGAUCAAGGUAUUUCAAAGAUAAUUUUAAGAGGUUGGCAGUCAUUAAAGGUGAAGUCGAUCCAAAUAAUUUUUUCUACCAUGAGCAAAGCAUUCCACCUCUGGUUUUCCAUGCACAACGAAAGUGUGGAAUACCAAAUAUGAAGUUUCUGGAUAAAUGUUCCUUAUGGAAUGACACAUGACAUGAUCAAGUUUUGUAAUAUUGUAAAGUC